AUGGGGCAUAUACUGUCUAUGCUGUACAAUGUACUUGAGUAUGCUGUGAAUGCUGUGUCAUUUUGGCGCCUCAGUGAACUCCAAUGUUUGAUACAGGAUGUUGGCCUAGAUACAGUCAAGUGGACAAAAAUAUUGAGGGAAGUGUUAGGCGUGAAUGACAUUUUACAAUUAAAAGCUAUUGCACAGAAUCAUGAAGCAAUCCGAAAGGUAAUUGAACGUGCAGACAAAUACGAAAUAAGUGGGCUGUAUGAACUGUUUGAUAUUACUCAAGAUGAAGAACCAUCAAUCACAGAAUCAGAAAAUAAUUUAUGCGUGAGGCUCAAAGAGUUAGGAUUGGAUGGACGCCAUUGGCUUAGCAUACUGAAGACUACAUUUGCAGUGUCAAACAUGGAUUCAAUUAAACAUAUCGGCCUGGAUAGCUUGAAUGAUUUAAAACAUGUUUGUCAAACAAGAAAUGAAUUGAUGAAACUCCAAAAACUUUUUGGAAUAAAUAAUGAGUAUCCUUCAUUUGUAUUGCAUUUUGUUAAAAUACAAAACCGUAUUAGAUUAAUUAUGGAAUGUAUUAAGCAAAUCAAGUCAUUACUUUCAAAUGGCAAAACAAGAUCUUGUAAAAGUGUUCAUGCCAAAGAACAAUCACUCAGGGAAAUCCUUCAGCUAACAUCAGCAAACUGGAUACGGCCGAACACCUCACUUGAAAAAGUACUAAAUGAUUUGUCCAAAUUGAGCUGCUUUUUAGAGGCACCUAUACCUACACAAGAUCUGCUGCCCUCCCAUCUUAUUCAAUCAUCUUCUUGUGGGGUUUGUUUGAAAGGCGUUCUUUACACUGGAAAUUACAUUUCGUCUGCCAACUAUCCAGUUUUAAAAGCUCCCUCAACGGUUCGUCUCAAUGGUUCAAAUUUAUCUAUAACGGAGGUGAUUAUCGAUGGAGACGAUGAGCACGUGAAAUCGUUUAUUGAACAUACAGAUACAUAUGGAUGUGUUUCAGAAUAUGUUAAUCUACCGUCUAGUAACGGCAAUAAAUCGACUGCAAAGAUGAAAAAAUAUCCAAUUGCGUCAUUCACAUUUAGAAGAGACGAGCUGAGGUUUAGUGAUAGUGCUCUAGAACAUCUGAAAAGAAUCGGUACAAUGAUAGACGUUGACGAAAUCAGAGCGAUGGAAUGCUGUAAAGAGUUUCUAAACAUUUAUGGAUCUCAUAUUUUUCAAGGGCCUUUUCAUUUCGGUGGAGUUCAUUGGAUAACUGCAACAGGUUCAACAGUAGUCGCUCGUGGGGAUGUUGAUACACAGGCAAUCAAUCUUGAAUCUAUAGCAGCAUUCGAAAAUGCUCCAUUAGGCAGAUUUGGUCUUAGUUCUGAGUAUGAUGCUAAAAAAGAAAAAGGGAAAAUUAGAAUAGAAUACAAGAUCCGUAACUCUAAAUGUUCAGUAAUAAAGGCUGUAACUUCCGGUGGUCAUAAAACAUUCUCUUAUUUGACAACAUGGAAAUUGGGAAUGUCGGCAGAUAUUUCAUCAUGGAAUGUCAUUGACCGAGGAACGGGUUUUACUGUUGCGAUUUGGGAAAUUCUAAAUGAAAACUAUUCAUCACAUAUUGAGAAUGCUUCUACCAUAAGUUAUUAUCUUUUUAAAGCUUGGGUGGAUAUGUCAAAUGUGCAUCAUAUCUUUAAUAUUUCAUCUGAAUUACAAGAUCUGAUAAACGAGGCCCGUACAUACGUAACAUCUUUAGAAAAUACUGAUGCGACAGGUCGCCAACGCUCAAUUCUUGAAAAUCUACUGAAAAUAAAAGAAAAUGUUAUCAAGCAUACAAGAAGCAUCAGAGCAUGGUCUGAUAUUUUCCUUGGAAGCAAAGCUUUUGACAUCGUAAAUGUUCUAAAACGUUUAAUGAAUUCCCCUAAACAAGAUACACUUGCAAUGGUUUGUAAGGUUAUUAACGACAACGAUAUUUUAAACCAACCAUGUGUAUCAAAUGACAAGCUUAAUGAAUAUCGUAAUUGGCUACACAUUUUAGGAAAAGUAAAAGAGGAGAGAAAUGGUAGAAACAACCAAGAAAUUUCAGAAUUCAGCGACUUCACUCUACUUCUGGAAAAGAGUAUAAUAGAUCUUGAAGACCAAACAGAGCACACAUCGUCAUAUGUCGCAGCGUAUCUGUCGACAGCAGUAAUUCGACUUCUCGAUAUAUUGAAACGUCAAAAUCGGCUAUCAGAUACUAAGUUCCUUUUGGCCCUGACGACACCACUGGGGUUUAAUGAAACAACAGGAUUCCUGCAUACAAAAUUGACUAUCCAAGAUAUCAACAACAUUUUAAUUACGGCUAAAAACAACGUUUCGACAUAUACAAAUAUAAACGACGAGAAAAGAAAAUCAGUUUUUAUCUUCUCUACGCUUUUAGAAUUGACAAUGCUAACUGGCGAUUGCUCUAACUUAAAACACAAACUCAGCAAAUCAAUAAAUGACCUACCAAGUGAGGUCAGAUACAAAAUAAAUUCUUUGGAAAAAGAAGAUCCUGAAAACUGGAUGAAAAUUGAAGUAUACCUUCAGCAAUAUUAUGGACAAUUAAAUAGCCACGAUCAAGAUAUAAGCCUGCGCAGUUCAUUUUACAAAGUCAUGCACUGCGACAAAGAGACAUAUGGAUCAAGAAAUAUCAUUCCAAAUAUCUAUGGAUUAAAACCCCAAUGCCCUGACAUCAUUAAAAUGUUAAAUUUAGAAAAGUAUUUUCCAAAGAAAAUAUCCCGCCAGAAAGCCUUAAUGGUUUCAGAAAAUGUAAUUUCAAGCGAUGAUCUUCAACACAUAAGAAACAUUCCAUGGUACUUGUUGCAAAGCAUUAUCCUGUGUAAUUACGAUGGACUAUUUUUCGAACCUAAUCGAACGUCUAUGAAUUAUUCCGGUGGAAAAACAUUUUCAGCAUUACUGAAUACACCCGCAACAACAAGAAAAGCGAAUAGCACAACUGAUAUUCAGUUUAAUCCUUCUGAUGUACUGGUUGCUCUGUUUAUGUGUGCCGAUGACUUCUUAAGGCAAUUAAUCAUGGAGAAACUAACGAUGUGUCAGUUAAGUAUUCCUUUACUUCUUCCAGUAAAUAUUGAAGGUUCACACAGUUGUGAAAUGCUUCUUUGGGCGACAAGAACUAUCAAGAAACAAUGGAAAACUUACUCAGGAACAUCGUGUGAAAGAUCGAUGUCUUCGCAUCCCAUUCCAAUCGUGUCUGCACUGCGCAUUGGCAGGCUUUCCAAAUCAAAAUCCAAGAUGCUCAACGCUGUUAUCAACGAUCAGAAACAUGACGUUUUCUUUCACUACGGAAGUAAUGGUGGUAAUAUUGAAAGAACUCUAUCGACCGGUUUAUUAGAAUUGACAUGGUACCUUCCAACUGGUAGAAGUCGGGAUAAAUUUGCAGAUGCUCUAGCGAUUAUGAAUUUACGAGGAAAUGCAUCUCAUCUUAAAGAUCAGACCGCCUUUUUAAGGGAGGUAUCAUUUGCAACCAUUGCUUUUAUCACCCCUGACAUGCUUGAUAAAUAUGAAUCUGAUUUACUUGAGUCGUUGUACCAGCAAAAAGGCUACUUAGUUAUUGUGUCGGUAGGCCCCCCAGGUAAAGAUAUGACAAAGUUACUUCUUUCUCUAGAGCAACGGUAUUCUAAAGGUCAGGAUCCACCAAAACAAUCAGUAUUAAUAUAUUCUUCUGAAAAAAAUGAGUUACAAAUGAGUGGAGAAAUUAGGAGUACUCUUAAUUAUCUGCUCUCGAAAAAACGUUAUGACGUACCGGAACAGAGUAUAGACGGGUGUAGCGCUGUAUGGAGAAACAUUGGUUUCUACCUUGAUGAAGAUACAAAGGUAUGCUUAGAUGCGAAAGCAGACGCUGAAGAAAUGUUGACAAGUUUACAGCAUCACACUGGUGACAAUGAUAAUGCUGAAGAAAAAAUAAAAUUAUUACCUUUGCAAAUGAUUGCAAUUGAAAUUGCUGAAAGAAAUAGAGAACUAUGCCAAUUAAAACAGAAAGGAAAUAUGGAAACUGAACAAUAUAUUGACAAAGUACAAUCAGAUCUCAAUCUGUUACGAACCAAGCAAAAAUAUUAUUGCAGCUGUUUUUCAAACCUGAUAAAAAUAUUCAUGAAGUCUUUUUCAUAUCUACCGCUAAAACGAAAAUAUUUCUAUUGCUGGGUUAAAAUAAUGGCUGAUCAGUGCAGCAUCAAUCAGUUGCAGCCAGUACGCGAGGAGUAUAAUGCCAAAUGGAACCAGUUAUGUAACGCUGUAUACAAAAACCAAAAUAAGCCGACUCCAGAAAUAGAAUCCUUAAAAAAAAUCCUUGAUGAGCUGCAGCAGAAACUUACAAAUCUCUCAGUAGGCUUGGAACAUUUUAAUAGAGAGAUUGGACAAAUCUACGAAAUGGUAUUGCAUUUCAAGUUACUAACUUCAUCGUAUUCUGUUCAGCGAUUUCCAAUGGUUGCCGCCGAUAUGUUACUUGAAGGACAUCCGUUGGAAUUAAUGGAUGGUGAUGCGUCGCAUGUUCCUAUUAAAUGGAUAAAAGAUGUAAUGUCGUGCCUUAAAGACAAAAUGGGAAAUAAACGGUUGUUCGUGCUGUCUGUAUUAGGUGUACAGAGUACUGGCAAAUCCACCAUGCUAAAUGUAAUGUUUGGUUUACAAUUUGCCGUAAGUGCUGGUAGGUGUACCAAAGGUGUUUUUGCCCAGCUAGUUCAGCUACACCCAAACCUACAACAAUCAACAAAAUGUGAUUAUAUCAUGGUAGUUGAUACAGAAGGUCUUCGUGCUCCAGAGUUAGCAAGCAUUGAACAUACAAACCGCGACAAUGAAAUUGCUACGCUAGUAAUUGGUUUAGGUGACGCUACUAUUAUUAACAUAAUGGGAGAAAAUCCAACUGAUAUGCAAGACACACUGCAAAUAGUUGUUCAUGCAUUAAUGAAAAUGGAAACUGUAAAAAUGAAGCCCAGUUGCCUAUUUGUACACCAGAAUGUUGCAGAUAUAACAGCCUCUGACAGAAAUACGGCACAAAAAAGGAAAAUGACAAGAAUGUUAGAUGAAAUCACAAAAAUUGCUGCCAAGGAAGAAAACUGUAGUGAGAAAUAUCAGGUAUUUUCCGACGUAAUACACUUCCAGGAAAAUAAACAUGUAGUGUAUAUUUCUAGUCUUUGGCAAGGAGAUCCCCCUAUGGCCCCUCCCAAUCCAGGUUACAGUUCGUGUAUUCUUCAAGUAAGAGAAAAGGUCAUUGAUCUGAUGAAAAACUGUGGUUGUCAAACAAUAACAGAUUUUCAUCAUAAACUCACUGAUCUGUGGAGAGCGAUAUUAUCCGAAAACUUUGUAUUUAGUUUCAGAAACACACUAGAAAUACAGGCAUUUAAUGCUCUCGAAACACAAUAUGUGGAACAUUCUCGUACCUUGAGAAGAAAUGCAAUGAUGUGCGUGAAUAUUCUUCGAACUGAAUGUAAGAAGCUAACACCCUCCUUAUUAAAAUCGGAAUCUGAAACUAUACUGACCAGACACCUUACUACGUUAGAUAAAGGAAUCAAGAAUUUCGAGGAUGAAUUGAAUACUUAUUUUAUAAACAAACCGAAAGCACGUCAAUGGAAAGGAAGAACGCAAAUAAGGAUGAAUGAAUUGUGUCAAGACCUAAGAAAAUCACUGAAGGAGGAAUUGAUGGCGAUGAAAAAGAGAAUAAUUGGGAGAGCUAAAAUCGAUUCUGAUAUAAAAGCGUAUGAAAAAGACAUUCGCAAAAAGGCCAAAGGUCUUGCAGACGAGUUUAGGACUAAAGAAACACAUAAUGAAGUAACGGAAGAGAGACUUAAAAGAGAGUUUGAUGUAAAUUGGCUCGAAUGGGUUUCAGAUAUACCUGAUCAAGAUGAGCCUGUACAAAUAACAUUGAUUUUGGAAAAAAUAUCUAGAGAUUCAUUUCCUUUACAUAGCGACAAAAUGGUAAUUGAUAUUUUAAGUAAUCGCACAUACGUUGGUUUUGUGACAGAGCUAGACAUCAAAGUCAGUAAGUUUAGAGAUCGCAUUCCGUAUUUUGGUUGUUCCGUAAGUUCAUGUAUUGAUAUUGCCCGUAAUUGCAUAAAUUCUAUAAAAUCAGACUUAGUAAGGAUGAUUGAAGGCUACAAAAGUGAAGGUAAGACUUUUAAUGAACAAAUCGGCAGAGCCUUUGUUGAGAUUGUACGAAAGCGACUAAAUGAUGUGAAGACGACUGACAAGUUCAUGUUUACUCAUAAAGGAUUGAUUAGAAAUACAAUUCACAUUCUGUUUUCCUUAGAGGAUAUGCUUAAUGAUCUUCAGGAGGCUUACAGAAAGGAAACCGACCUCAAACAAUACAUGGAAUGCCAAAAGAACAGAUUAUGGCAAAUGUUUAGAGAUGAGUGUACUAUCGUACACUUAAGCGUUUCUGCAAGUUUUGCUGUUUCUCGUGAUUUGGUUAGUGUCAUAAAUAAUUCUCUUAUUCAAAACUGCAUAACAGGAGUCAUCGACCAUGUACGUACAUCCAGAAGUCAAACGUUUGCCAACAAAAUGAGCUACCAUGCACAACUUUUGAUAGAUUUGGCAGAAAAGAAGAAUUUUCAAGCUUUCCGAAUGUAUUUGGCAGAUCCAUGUAAUUAUAUGGACGAGUUGAUGACAGAAAUCUUGAGAGAAUUCUGUACAGCAACUAGUGGAAGAGAAACUGUGUUGCAAAGCAUAUAUUCACAAAAGAUCACUGAAUUAUUUAGUAAAGCAAGAGCAGCGAUUCAUGAUACAUGUAGAAGCUUACCAUCGGCAUGCAGUAUGAGUGUUUGGUGGCCAAAAUUAAUUGAAUAUAUUGGUGAUGAAUUUGAUGUAAAACCAGAAAUAGGUUUUCUUAACAGCGACGAUACGUUUGAGGUAAACGAGCUGAAUGAUAAGCUAUUGACUGAAUUAAAGAGGUCUGAAGAAGACAUGCAGGAUGAAUUCAGUAUGGAUUAUUUCGCCGAACUUAUUGAGCCUUGCAAAGAGUUUUUUAAAACAGAUCUUCUCGGUUGCCUUGAGUUAUGUCCAUUCUGCAAAGCACCAUGUGACCUUCAGGCUGGUGACAAAUAUGAUGACCAUCGUACAGAGUACCAUCGGCCACAAGGAGUCGGUGGGUAUCGUAGGGUGGACACAGGCAAACUUUGUGUCAACGUAUGCACUUCAUCUGUAAUGACAGACGCUAGGUUCAAAAAUAAAGACACUGAUGGCACAUACCAUCCCUACAAAGACUAUCAAAAUGUUAAUAAAUACUACAAAGCCUGGAAGAUCCAGCCGAUAGCAAGUGAUUCGCAAUUGUACUGGAAAUGGUUUAUGGCAACUUACAAUGAAGAACUUGCUGAAUACUACAAUUGUCAGCCAGCGGAUAUUCCAUAUGGAUGGACGGAAAUUAGCUGGGAAACAACAAAGGACGACAUGAUUAACACAUAUAAUCUAUAA